AUGGAAGAACCAGGCAAAGAGAAAGAAGGAGGAGAAAAUGAGCCAGAGCCAGCAGGAGAUGAAGCAGGAUCUGAUGUGGAAAGUUCAAAGCAUGACACAAUCAGUGAUCUAUUGCUGAGCAGUGGUCAACCUACACCUCGAAGUUCAUCAACGGAUUCCAACCAAGGCGGGGGACAAAAGAGAGAAACUGAAGGAGAAGAAAGAGAGGAACCUGCGAAAGCUAGUAAAACAGCAGAUGCUGAGGAGCCACCAACGAAGCAACAAAAGACUGCGGAAAGUUCACCUACAAGUGCUGAUCCUGGAAGUCCGAAAGGAAGUCUAUUUCCACCGUUGUACGCCGGACAGGUAGAAGAACAGGAAGACGAAACAGGAUAUCAUGAAGAUGACCUUUGGGAAGAAAGAGUCUGGAAGGAAUGCGAAGAGGAAUAUGAAGCGGAUAGUGAAGGAGAAGAAGAAGAUGAGGAUCGACCACCGAAAGUCAGCGAAGAGGAACUUGAAAGAUUGGAUGCAGAGGCAGGAAAAGCUGAACUUGACAAACUCGCCAACAUGAAGGUUGUGAAGACGAUCAAGAAGGAAGAGUGUUCAGAGGAAGGUAAGUUUCUGACACUAAGGACAGUUUUCGAUUGGAGAAAGAGAGAUGGAGUUUGGAAGCGUAGAUGCAGAAUUGUGUGUCGGGAAUUCCGUGCGGGAGCCCAGAGCACGGAGGAGACUUUUAGUCCUACGUCAGGACACGCAGCAGUGCGAAUGAUGUUUCUUUUUCAUCUCAUCUACAAUUGGGAGCUUACAGUUCUUGACAUUCGUGACGCAUUCUUGCAAGUCAAGCAGAAAGCUCUGAUGUAUGCUGAUAUCUCACCGUGGAUUCGAACACUACUUGGUUUGGAUGAAGACCAUGUAUGGAAAGUGGAGAAGUGUCUGCCAGGGCAAAGAUCAGCGGCAGAACAAUGGUUUACCCAUUUGGUUGAGAUUUUGAAGCGUUUGGGAUUUGAGCAAUUUGUUGGGAUACCCUCAAUCUUGAAGCACCGAGUGAAGAAGAUUGCAGUGUCGAUUCAUGUCGACGACGAGCUAGUUGCAGGUGCGAAAGGCGAAGGAAGAUGGCUGAUAUGCGAGCUAGAGAAGUUUUUCAAGCUCACAGUUGAGGGACCGUUCCCAUCCCACCGGGGAUCGGGAGAACAGCUUCAUUACCUGAAGAGGACCUAUGAGUUCCUUGAAGAAGGAAUUUUGGUGACAGUGUCGAAGAAGCACUACGAGAAGCUUAGAGGACUCUACAAGCUGGGGAACCGAAAGCCAAGACAAACCCCAGAGCACCAGCUGAUUGGAACAGUGGACAAUUCCAAAGAACUGGAGGAGAACGAGUGCAAGAAGUUUCGUUCAGCGUUGGGAACACUGUUGUACAUUUCUCAAGACCGAUGGGAUUUACAGCAUGUGACGAAGUGUUUGGCAAGUAAGAUGUCGAAGCCAACGGAACAAGCGUUAACCUGUUUGAAACAAGCUUUGCUCUAUGUGCAAGGAACAGAGCAACUGGGAUUCCUACUGAAGUACACAAAGGUUGGAAACAAGAUGAUGGAUGCGAUCUAUCAAAGAGAAGAGCAAGAAGAAGAAGACGAAGAAAAGAAAGGAACACACAGUAUGGAAGUAUUCACGGAUGCAGAUUGGGCAUCAGACCGUGAAGCGAGAUGGUCUACAUCAUCAGUGAUUGUGUGUGUGAAUGCAGUGCCAGUACUUUCGUAUAGCAGGACCCAGAAAGCUACAGCUUUAAGUUCGGCAGAGUCCGAAGUGCUAGCAUGCUCAGGAGGAGCAUCAGAAGCGAUGUUACUGAAGAAGUUGUGGAUGUUUCUUGCAGGAAAGUUACUCGUGGAGAUCCGGAUGGAUUCAAGUGCGGGAAGACAAUGGAUGAUGCGAACAGGAGUCGGAGGACUCAAACAUAUCGAUCUGAGAGUAUUAUGGCUUCAGCGAGGGGUGAAGAACAACAGCUUCAAAGCAAAGCCAGAGUAUCUCGAAGGAGAUUUCUCAUGUACCAUAUUGGAGCCAUGGUGUGGAAUGGAGAAAGUCAUGAGCGUUAUGGGAAAGAAGAAGCAAUGGAACAUGUGGCAGGUGAAGUUUGCCGAAGCCAAGUUCGAGCACUACGACAGCCAGACGAUUUUGGAGGACGAGAACGAGAAGAACGAGAAUUUGUUUUCAUCUAUGUGA